AUGCUGUACCGCCGACGUAACAAAGGUCGCGUUGUGAAUGCCAACGACUGCCAGGAGAUCAGGAAGUACGUCGACGGUAUGUUGAAGGAGGAGUUUCACUUAGAUGAUCAGCCAAAGAACAAGCCAGUCAUGGGUAUUGAUGACCUCCUGCUGGGCUUGACGCAUCAUUGGUCUCGCGACAGGAGUGUCUUCCCGACAGAAGAUGACCGCCUUGACGUCUCUGCCAUUAUGUUGUUUCAGGCGUACACGGCUUGCAGACCGGCAGAACUCGUUGACGGGACAAAAUGCAGGGCAGGCAGGGACCCAAUGAUUGACGAACCCGAAGUGGAAGUGGUUGUCCCUGUCAAGUCCUUUAGCACACAUGAGCUCUGCUCUACUGAAGGAGCCAAGCUUGACGGCAGCACAAGAGCCACUCUCCUGAGGCUGUCGCCGGCCGGGCACCCUGGACGGCGAUGGGAAGAAGACGACUCUGAUUCAGAUACAGGAUCCAAAUCGGCUUAUGAUUCUGACUCGGCUAAUGCCAGCGACGAUAAUACGAGCGAUACGGAAUUCAGUGAUGAUGAUACGAGUGAUGCCGAAUAUCAUGACGACAAUCCAGUGGAUGCUGUGCCGCACGAGCACAGAAAGCCUGGGCUGACUCCUCCUUUAUCUGACCCGAACGAAGAUGAGGAGCCCGCUCGAAAGCACAAGGCUUUGUGCUAUGAGGACAUUGUUCUCUGGAUUGUACAGGACCCCAACAAAGCGGGAAGAGAUGUUCUGGCAAUGGAGGUUCUCUUUCGGCACCAUAAAGGAGCAGACAAGAAACCCAAGCCCACUGUCUUCUUGUUUCGCGAGAACCCGCUUCCCAUAUUGUGUCCGAUAGCUCAUAUCUUGGCACGAGCUAUACGGGAUGAUGCGGUUGAAGUAGGUGGCUUUCGGCACGCCUCGCCGUUCUUUACUUCCAAUAUACGCCGGCAGGCCGUGAAGGUAAACUGGAAGCCGUCGAUGCUCAAGACACCAAUCUUUCGCCGAUCUGUACGGACGGCUGCGGGGUGGCUCAAAUCAGCCACGGAUCCCAUGAAGUAUUCCGCGUACGCCUUUUAUCUCGACAGGAUCGGAUCCGAUUUGGGAUCGGAAGAGAAAUGGACGUCAUACUGCCUGCGGCGUGGGAAUGCGAAUGCUCUGCUUAUGGUCGCACCUAAUUCGAUCGUGGACCAGGUCAUGAGACACGACCCGCUAACUGGGUGUCUGCAAAAUGCAUACCAGAACCAUCGAGUUGGUUUCAACACGCAGGACGCAUUCCUCGAGAGGGACCCCUCAGCCGACGGAUUGACGCGAGCUUUCACCCACAUGAGUAUUCGAUGCAACCCAGAAGUUCCCAAGGAAAUUCCCAAAUCCGAAAUGGACAAACUAGAACCAGAUCCAGAAGUCGUUGAACUCACGAACCAGGUAAAACGCAAGGCCAUCCAGAUUCGACAAGAGUACGGCUUCAUAAAAAAUGCACCAAAAGAGGUCAAGCAGGAGUACGAACAACUGCGUCGAGACCUCAAGAGCGCCGGAAAGGCUUUCCGGGAUGAUAUGACCAAAGUGUUCCAGAACGAGUAUCGUCGUCGUAUGCACAACGCUGAACUGGAGCGACAGUUGAGCGGGAUCGCCAUUGAGGAGCAUACCGAGCCGUCUAUCCAGCAUGCUCUCGAGGAGCGGACUCAACUUCAAGCUCUCCUGUGUGACUUCGACACAAACAUGAGUCUCGAAGAUAUCACAGAUCGAAAAAUCCGGGCCAUCGACCUCAUGGUCCAUCUUGCUUCGCGCCGCGAGGUGCGCAGGCCCCAGCCUUCACCGUCGCCCUGUGAGAUUGAUGACAGUCCUGCGCGCUCUCCCGAUCCGGAGCCAUUGCCGAAAAUGGAGGAGAUCCCUUUGGUUUUGGGCAAGACACAGUGCAUCUACUGCGUUGGAGACGAGCAACUGCCGUACGUUGCCCGCAUGCGAUCCUUCAACCGGGUGUCACACAUGAUGGACCACGUCGAGAAGGUCCAUCUUCGGCAUGAGCCAUCUCGCACGCGAUUCGUAUGCCGCCAUCCGCAGUGCAAGCAUUUGGGCGACUUCUUGACCAGUUUGGAUCACUUCAAAAACCACGUGCAGACGGUGCAUGGUGUGAAGCUUCGGAAAUGA